UAGACGUAAAUAUCUCCUCUUCAUCUCCUCCCUGAAGGAUAGACGUAAAUAUCUCCUCUUCAUCUCCUCUCUGGAGUUGUCUACCAUUGGUGUACAUGUAUUUAUUUAUAAUAACACUGUUCAAAUGACAUACUGAAGGUCUAGCAUGAGCCUACAGUGCAUUUCAACAAGCACUUCCUAUGACAAACAUGAGGAAGAAGAUAACAUCAUCAUCAAGAUAAUGAGUUGUGAAUGGUUGUGGUUAUACGCACAUUCUUUAAAAAAAAGUUUAAGAUAAAAUUGUAUCAUGAUUUUGCAUGAACUAUACAGGAAACAAUAGACAAUCUGAGGCCAACCCUGAUCUACUCAUCUAUGGGGUAAUGUAUGGCUCUGUUCACCCUGAUCUACUCAUCUAUGGGGUAAUGUAUGGCUCUGUUCACCCUGAUCUACUCAUCUAUGGGGUAAUGUAUGGCUCUGUUCACCCUGAUCUACUCAUCUAUGGGGUAAAGUAUGGCUCUGUUCACCCUGAUCUACUCAUCUAUGGGGUAAUGUAUGGCUCUGUUCACCCUGAUCUACUCAUCUAUGGGGUAAUGUAUGGCUCUGUUCACCCUGAUCUACUCAUCUAUGGGGUAAUGUAUGGCUCUGUUCACCCUGAUAUACUCAUCUAUGGGGUAAUGUAUGGCUCUGUUCACCCUGAUCUACUCAUCUAUGGGGUCAUGUAUGGCUCUGUUCACCCUGAUCUACUCAUCUAUGGGGUAAUGUAUGGCUCUGUUCACCCUGAAUAUAGGGAUAUCUAUGAGGUAAUGUAUGGCUCUGCUCACCCUGAAUAUAGGGAUAUAUAUGGGGUAAUGUAUGGCUCUGUUCACCCUGAAUAUAGGGAUAUCUAUGAGGUAAUGUAUGGCUCUGCUCACUCUGAAUAUAGGGAUAUAUAUGGGGUAAUGUAUGGCUCUGUUCACUCUGAAUAUAGGGAUAUCUAUGGGGUAAUGUAUGGCUCUGUUCACCCUGAUCUACUCAUCUAUGGGGUAAUGUAUGGCUCUGUUCACCCUGAUCUACUCAUCUAUGGGGUAAUGUAUGGCUCUGUUCACCCUGAUCUACUCAUCUAUGGGGUAAAGUAUGGCUCUGUUCACCCUGAUCUACUCAUCUAUGGGGUAAUGUAUGGCUCUGUUCACCCUGAUCUACUCAUCUAUGGGGUAAUGUAUGGCUCUGUUCACCCUGAUCUACUCAUCUAUGGGGUAAUGUAUGGCUCUGUUCACCCUGAUCUACUCAUCUAUGGGGUAAUGUAUGGCUCUGUUCACCCUGAUCGACUCAUCUAUGGGGUAAUGUAUGGCUCUGUUCACCCUGAAUAUAGGGAUAUCUAUGAGGUAAUGUAUGGCUCUGCUCACCCUGAAUAUAGGGAUAUAUAUGGGGUAAUGUAUGGCUCUGUUCACCCUGAAUAUAGGGAUAUCUAUGAGGUAAUGUAUGGCUCUGCUCACUCUGAAUAUAGGGAUAUCUAUGGGGUAAUGUAUGGCUCUGUUCACCCUGAUCUACUCAUCUAUGGGGUAAUGUAUGGCUCUGUUCACCCUGAUCUACUCAUCUAUGGGGUAAUGUAUGGCUCUGUUCACCCUGAUCUACUCAUCUAUGGGGUAAUGUAUGGCUCUGUUCACCCUGAUCUACUCAUCUAUGGGGUAAUGUAUGGCUCUGUUCACCCUGAUAUACUCAUCUAUGGGGUAAUGUAUGGCUCUGUUCACCCUGAUCUACUCAUCUAUGGGGUAAUGUAUGGCUCUGUUCACCCUGAUCGACUCAUCUAUGGGGUAAUGUAUGGCUCUGUUCACCCUGAAUAUAGGGAUAUCUAUGAGGUAAUGUAUGGCUCUGCUCACCCUGAAUAUAGGGAUAUAUAUGGGGUAAUGUAUGGCUCUGUUCACCCUGAAUAUAGGGAUAUCUAUGAGGUAAUGUAUGGCUCUGCUCACUCUGAAUAUAGGGAUAUCUAUGGGGUAAUGUAUGGCUCUGUUCACCCUGAUCUACUCAUCUAUGGGGUAAUGUAUGGCUCUGUUCACCCUGAUCUACUCAUCUAUGGGGUAAUGUAUGGCUCUGCUCACCCUGAAUAUAGGGAUAUCCAUGGGGUAAUGUAUGGCUCUGCUCACCCUGAAUAUAGGAAUAUCUAUGAGGUAAUGUAUGGCUCUGCUCACCCUGAUCUACUCAUCUAUGGGGUAAUGUAUGGCUCUGCUCACCCUGAAUAUAGGGAUAUCCAUGGGGUAAUGUAUGGCUCUGUUCACCCUGAAUAUAGGGAUAUCUAUGGGGUAAUGUAUGGCUCUGUUCACCCUGAAUAUAGGGAUAUCUAUGAGGUAAUGUAUGGCUCUGCUCACCCUGAAUAUAGGGAUAUCUAUGAGGUAAUGUAUGGCUCUGUUCACCCUGAAUAUAGGGAUAUCUAUGAGGUAAUGUAUGGCUCUGCUCACCUUGAAUAUAGGGAUAUCUAUGGGGUAAUGUAUGGCUCUGCUCACCCUGAAUAAAGGGAUAUCUAUGGGGUAAUGUAUGGCUCUGUUCACACUGAAUAUAGGGAUAUCUAUGAGGUAAUGCAUGGCUGUGCUCACCCUGAAUAUAGGGAUAUCUAUGAGGUAAUGUAUGGCUCUGAAUAUAGGGAUAUCUAUGAGGUAAUGUAUGGCUCUGCUCACCCUGAAUAUAGGGAUAUCUAUGGGGUAAUGUAUGGCUCUGUUCACCCUGAAUAUAGGGAUAUCUAUGAGGUAAUGUAUGGCUCUGCUCACCCUGAAUAUAGGGAUAUCUAUGAGGUAAUGUAUGGCUCUGAAUAUAGGGAUAUCUAUGGGGUAAUGUAUGGCUCUGCUCACCCUGAAUAUAGGGAUAUCUAUGGGGUAAUGUAUGGCUCUGCUCACCCUGAAUAUAGGGAUAUCUAUGAGGUAUUGCAUGGCUCUGCUCACCCUGAAUAUAGGGAUAUCUAUGGGGUAAUGUAUGGCUCUGUUCACCCUGAUCUACUCAUCUAUGGGGUAAUGUAUGGCUCUGUUCACCCUGAAUAUAGGGAUAUCUAUGAGGUAAUGUAUGGCUCUGCUCACCCUGAUCUACUCAUCUAUGGGGUAAUGUAUGGCUCUGCUCACCCUGAAUAUAGGGAUAUCCAUGGGGUAAUGUAUGGCUCUGUUCACCCUGAAUAUAGGGAUAUCUAUGAGGUAAUGCAUGGCUGUGCUCACCCUGAAUAUAGGGAUAUCUAUGAGGUAAUGUAUGGCUCUGAAUAUAGGGAUAUCUAUGAGGUAAUGUAUGGCUCUGUUCACCCUGAAUAUAGGGAUAUCUAUGAGGUAAUGUAUGGCUCUGCUCACCCUGAAUAUAGGGAUAUCUAUGGGGCAAUGUAUGGCUCUGUUCACACUGAAUAUAGGGAUAUCUAUGAGGUAAUGUAUGGCUCUGAAUAUAGGGAUAUCUAUGAGGUAAUGUAUGGCUCUGUUCACCCUGAAUAUAGGGAUAUCUAUGAGGUAAUGUAUGGCUCUGCUCACCCUGAAUAUAGGGAUAUCUAUGGGGUAAUGUAUGGCUCUGUUCACACUGAAUAUAGGGAUAUCUAUGAGGUAAUGUAUGGCUCUGAAUAUAGGGAUAUCUAUGAGGUAAUGUAUGGCUCUGUUCACACUGAAUAUAGGGAUAUCUAUGAGGUAAUGUAUGGCUCUGAAUAUAGGGAUAUCUAUGAGGUAAUGUAUGGCUCUGCUCACCCUGAAUAUAGGGAUAUCUAUGAGGUAAUGUAUGGCUCUGAAUAUAGGGAUAUCUAUGGGGUAAUGGCUCUGCUCACCCUGAAUAUAGGGAUAUCUAUGGGGUAAUGUAUGUCUCUGAAUAUAGGGAUAUCUAUGGGGUAAUGGCUCUGCUCACCCUGAAUAUAGGGAUAUCUAUGGGGUAAUGUAUGGCUCUGCUCACCCUGAAUAUAGGGAUAUCUAUGAGGUAAUGCAUGGCUCUACUCACCCUGAAUAUAGGGAUAUCUAUGGGGUAAUGUAUGGCUCUGAAUAUAGGGAUAUCCAUGGGGUAAUGUAUGGCUCUGCUCACCCUGAAUAUAGGAAUAUCUAUGAGGUAAUGUAUGGCUCUGCUCACCCUGAUCUACUCAUCUAUGGGGUAAUGUAUGGCUCUGCUCACCCUGAAUAUAGGGAUAUCCAUGGGGUAAUGUAUGGCUCUGUUCACCCUGAAUAUAGGGAUAUCUAUGGGGUAAUGUAUGGCUCUGUUCACCCUGAAUAUAGGGAUAUCUAUGGGGUAAUGUAUGGCUCUGUUCACCCUGAUCUACUCAUCUAUGGGGUAAUGUAUGGCUCUGUUCACCCUGAAUAUAGGGAUAUCUAUGGGGUAAUGUAUGGCUCUGCUCACCCUGAAUAUAGGGAUAUCUAUGAGGUAAUGUAUGGCUCUGUUCACCCUGAAUAUAGGGAUAUCUAUGAGGUAAUGUAUGGCUCUGCUCACCUUGAAUAUAGGGAUAUCUAUGGGGUAAUGUAUGGCUCUGCUCACCCUGAAUAAAGGGAUAUCUAUGGGGUAAUGUAUGGCUCUGUUCACACUGAAUAUAGGGAUAUCUAUGAGGUAAUGCAUGGCUGUGCUCACCCUGAAUAUAGGGAUAUCUAUGAGGUAAUGUAUGGCUCUGAAUAUAGGGAUAUCUAUGAGGUAAUGUAUGGCUCUGCUCACCCUGAAUAUAGGGAUAUCUAUGGGGUAAUGUAUGGCUCUGUUCACCCUGAAUAUAGGGAUAUCUAUGAGGUAAUGUAUGGCUCUGCUCACCCUGAAUAUAGGGAUAUCUAUGAGGUAAUGUAUGGCUCUGAAUAUAGGGAUAUCUAUGGGGUAAUGUAUGGCUCUGUUCACCCUGAUCUACUCAUCUAUGGGGUAAUGUAUGGCUCUGUUCACCCUGAAUAUAGGGAUAUCUAUGAGGUAAUGUAUGGCUCUGCUCACCCUGAUCUACUCAUCUAUGGGGUAAUGUAUGGCUCUGCUCACCCUGAAUAUAGGGAUAUCCAUGGGGUAAUGUAUGGCUCUGUUCACCCUGAAUAUAGGGAUAUCUAUGAGGUAAUGCAUGGCUGUGCUCACCCUGAAUAUAGGGAUAUCUAUGAGGUAAUGUAUGGCUCUGAAUAUAGGGAUAUCUAUGAGGUAAUGUAUGGCUCUGUUCACCCUGAAUAUAGGGAUAUCUAUGAGGUAAUGUAUGGCUCUGCUCACCCUGAAUAUAGGGAUAUCUAUGGGGCAAUGUAUGGCUCUGUUCACACUGAAUAUAGGGAUAUCUAUGAGGUAAUGUAUGGCUCUGAAUAUAGGGAUAUCUAUGAGGUAAUGUAUGGCUCUGUUCACCCUGAAUAUAGGGAUAUCUAUGAGGUAAUGUAUGGCUCUGCUCACCCUGAAUAUAGGGAUAUCUAUGGGGUAAUGUAUGGCUCUGUUCACACUGAAUAUAGGGAUAUCUAUGAGGUAAUGUAUGGCUCUGAAUAUAGGGAUAUCUAUGAGGUAAUGUAUGGCUCUGUUCACACUGAAUAUAGGGAUAUCUAUGAGGUAAUGUAUGGCUCUGAAUAUAGGGAUAUCUAUGAGGUAAUGUAUGGCUCUGCUCACCCUGAAUAUAGGGAUAUCUAUGAGGUAAUGUAUGGCUCUGAAUAUAGGGAUAUCUAUGGGGUAAUGGCUCUGCUCACCCUGAAUAUAGGGAUAUCUAUGGGGUAAUGUAUGUCUCUGAAUAUAGGGAUAUCUAUGGGGUAAUGGCUCUGCUCACCCUGAAUAUAGGGAUAUCUAUGGGGUAAUGUAUGGCUCUGCUCACCCUGAAUAUAGGGAUAUCUAUGAGGUAAUGCAUGGCUCUACUCACCCUGAAUAUAGGGAUAUCUAUGGGGUAAUGUAUGGCUCUGAAUAUAGGGAUAUCUAUGAGGUAAUGUAUGGCUCUGCUCACCCUGAAUAUAGAGAUAUCUAUGAGGUAAUGUAUGGCUCUGAAUAUAGGGAUAUCUAUGAGGUAAUGUAUG